GUUAAAGUUCACGUACAGUCUAGUGAAAUGUCAAAGAUGUUCAUCUUUGUGUUGUUGUUGCUGUGUUUCAUAGUUACCAUUGAUGAAGGAGAAGGAUCUUAUUGUAUGGCUAGUACUGGAUAUAAACAUGAACCAUCACUGUUUAUAAGGACAUGCUGUAACAGCAGUAACUUGGGACAGGCUUUUUCUAUCAAAGAAACUGGUAUAACACAAUAUAUUUUCUGUCCUAAUGAAUACCCCAAGUCUUGUCCAAAAGAUAUAAGAGACUGCAAGAGCUUGUUUGAAUAUGGUAAUACUACAAGUGGUAUUUAUACUGUUAAUCCUGAUAGAGGGACUCCAUUUGAAGUAUACUGUGAUAUGAAGACUGAUGGUGGUGGAUGGACUGUAUUUCAGAGGAGACAAGAUGGAUCUGUUGAUUUCUAUAGGAACUGGACUGACUAUGAGAAUGGAUUUGGUGACCUUACUGGUGAGUUUUGGUUAGGAUUGAGCAAGAUUCAUCGUCUAACUAAAGAAGGAUCAAACACACUAAGAGUGGACCUGGGAGACUUUGAUAAUAACACAAGACAUGCUAACUACUCUACAUUCAGUGUUAGUGAUGGUAGUACUGAAUAUAUACUAACAGUAGGAGGAUACUCUGGUACUGCUGGGGAUAGUUUGGACCCUCAUGAUGAUUUGAGAUUCAGUACAAAAGAUAAUGAUAAUGAUGAAUCAGGAGGUAACUGUGCUAUAGGAGCCAAUGGUGGCUGGUGGUAUGAAGGCUGCUAUUUUGCAAAUCUUAAUGGACGUUAUUAUAAUACUUCAACUACUAAUCAUGAAGCAAUUAAAUGGAUGGCAUGGAAAAAUGAAGGUCUCUCGUUUACGGAGAUGAAAACUCGUCGUAACAAUUAAAUACUGUCCCCCACACAUAUAAGUGUGUUUACAUUGUGCUGAUAUAUUAUGUCAUUUCAAUAUUACAGUUUGUCAUGUACCUUGUAGUGAUUGUUAUGAUUUUUUGCUAUUGUUAAUUACAAUAAAUACAUACCUUAAUUAACCUAAUCAACACACC